AUGAAUUCGGACAUGGGAGGAUGUCAGUACGAUCCACUGUAUGGAUAUACGCCAAACAUAAACCAGAACUCCCGUCUCUCUUCCACGGCUGAAUUCACGAACCUCGCCCCGGCCGGCAAUACCAUGGCAUCCUUCACAACGCAGUCGCCGGCGGACUACACGACGCUGGCAGCGAAUCCGUACGAAACGACGCAGCUCUACCACCGAUAUCCGUACUAUCAUCCCUAUUCAAGCGGUCCGCCUACGUUCUAUCCAGAUUUGUCGUCAUUUACGGGUACCAUAUCUUCGAAUGCUUCCAAGCAACAAGAGUACUCCACGAUGCAGGCGACGAUUCUCGAUUCGGCCAACUCCAUCGAAGGUCAGAACAAAAAGUCAUACCUUACACAAGGUGGCGGUCAUAAUGAGCAUAGAGUGAAGGAGGAAGCCCUCGAAGACAACGGGCAUCCAAAAGAGCCCCUGCCCGUGGGUGAUCCAGAGGAACACAUUCCGCAUAUCCUAGCGCCCUCGGCUGACGGCCAUCAACCUCGACGAUGUCUGUUGUGGGCAUGCAAAGCGUGCAAAAAGAAAACCGUUACCAUCGACCGGCGCAAAGCCGCCACGAUGAGGGAACGGCGACGCUUGCGCAAAGUUAACGAGGCGUUCGAAAUACUGAAGCGCAGAACCUGUGCCAAUCCAAAUCAAAGAUUGCCGAAAGUAGAGAUUCUACGUAACGCCAUCGAGUACAUAGAAAGCCUUGAAGAAAUGGUCCAUGGUGCUGGAAAGCUGAACAAGAAUUUGUGUCCC